UCCCUUUCAAAGGUCUCAGCAUCCCCAUGCUACCUCCUGCCGGCAUUUCCACCUGGGUCCCCAGCCUCAGCUCUCCGCCGACUUCGCCCUGCCUCACGCGGUGCAGCCGCAGCCGGGGCUGGCUCCCCACAUGGCCCCCGCGCACCAGCACAGCGGCCCCCUGCACCAGCCCCUGGCGCCCGUGCCUGCCCUGCCCUUCCAGGACGUCGCCGGGCCCUCCUUCCUACCUCAGGCGCUACACCAGCAAUACCUCCUCCAGCAGCAGCUCCUCGAGGCACAGCACCGCCGGCUCAUGCCCCAUCCCAGGCGGGCCCAAGAGCGCAUGUCUGUCCAGCCUCACCGCCUACACCCCAGCUUCGACUUCAGCCACCAACUGCAGACUCCACAACCCAUGGGGCCCCAGCCCAGGUAUUUGGCAGAGGGCACAGACUGGGACCUCAGCGUCGACGCGGGGCUGACUCACGCCCAGUUCCAGGUCCGGCCGGUGCCCCAGCCCUAUCAGCAUUACUUGGCUACACCAAGGAUGCACCAUUUCCCCAGAAGCACAUCCUCAACCCAGAUGGUUGUUCAUGAAAUCAGAAAUUACCCUUACCCUCAGCUUCAGCUGCUUGCUCUUCAGGGACUGAACCCAAGCAGGCACACAUCCGCUGUGCGGGAGAGCUAUGAAGAGCUGCUGCAGCUGGAGGACAGGCUGGGCAGCGUGAGCCGGGGCGCCGUCCAGAACACCAUCGAGAGAUUCACCUUCCCCCACAAGUACAAGAAGGCUAGGAAGCUGCGGGCCAAAUUUUCAAAAGGGUCUCAACCUUCUCCCACCCAGCGGGUGCAAUUUCCCCCCUGUCCGCAGCUGAGAAGACCACAGGAAGGCAAAGCUGAGCAAGACGAUGGCGAGGAGUCAGAUACCGACGAGAAAUGCACAAUCUGUCUGUCCAUGCUUGAGGACGGAGAGGAUGUCAGGCGAUUGCCCUGUAUGCAUCUCUUUCACCAAGUGUGCGUGGACCAGUGGCUGGCCACCAGCAAGAAGUGCCCGAUCUGCAGGGUGGACAUUGAAACACAGCUCGGCUCGGACAGCUGAAAAGACUAGCUGGACACACCAUUUUCCUUACCAGGUCGUAUGGCCAUAAACCCUUGCAGCGAAAUUUUUUGCCUUCUGAGCCAUUUGAUUGAGAGGGGAAGUCUGCAGGCACGUUAGUGAGGAGAAGGAGGUGGUGAUACAAUAUCUAGCAGUAGGAGAUAUUGCACAUAUACGCAGGAUACAGGCCCAGUGAAAGGGAGCUGGCAUUCCCGGAGCUCAGAGACCCCCGUGCUGCAGAAGAUUUUAGUGUUGAAUAUGAAGGAACUAGUUGUGGUAGUCCGGCCUGUCAAUCCUGCUUUUCAUGGGGAUUGUAUAUAUACCUCUCAAAUAUGUAGAAACAUGUUAGGGGUCCUUUAGCUAUUUCUAUGGAUGGCAGCUGGAGCAUGUUAGCUUAAGAAAUGUUGUGUUUGAUGCCCUACUCAUCUUGUGGUGGACAUGUUGCUGUUACCUAAUUUGCACCAAAUAUUUUUUCAUAGAUUCCUUAUUUUGGUGCCUGAUGAAUACAUUGCAGAGGGGGAAUAAAGAGGUCAAACUUUCCCAUCCUUGGGGUGGGGGAAAGAGGAGGAAAAGCAAAAUCCUGUUUACAGUCAGAAGGGUUUGCGCUCUUUGCCUCAGCCGCGUGUGCUUCUUUCCCUUGCAUUUAAAGUGUGUUGCAAAUUUAGAGAAGCUUAAUAAAAAUAAAAAUUGGGGAUAAAAUGAACGAAGCAAUAGGGAAAAGCUUCGUUCCUGCUUGUCUGCUGGUGCUGGACACUUUCUGUAGUGGCACAGUAUUUGAGUAGAUGCUGUUUCUUUGCUUUCUGUAUUUUAACAAAGUAGCUUGUCAUAUCAAAAUCCAAGGAAGUUCUGUCUACAUGAUUGCAAUUGUCCGUGAUGCUUUCUUCUGUGAGCUGUGUGGCUGGUUGACUCUGCCAGCACUCCAAAAUGAUGGUUAUGGGAGUCAGCGCCUAAGGCUGCUCUUUGGGGUGUAAUAACGCUGGAGAGGUGCAAAAUGUCAACUCUUCUCCCAUUGCAAAAGCAUCUCUUGAUAAUGGGAUGGAAGAAAAUUCAAUGCUCACAAGACCCUGCCGAGACCAUGAGCCCUUGGGCACGGGAGGGGAAGGCAGGGUGGAGGUGGGCUGCCACUUUUGGGAGCCUCGCUGCUGGGCUGUGACCCACCCCAAAGCGAGAGCACCCCUGCCCACGUGGGCUUGCGAGCACGUUUCAGGCUGUAUCCACACGGAGUAAUCAGUGGUUGUUAAAAUGAAACUUAAUCACAUUAACACUCAAAACAGAAUUAAGAGGUAAUACCCAAAGGAGUGAGCUGUUGUGAUCCAUGCUCCCCAUGUUAAAAAAAAAGACCUCUGCACGGCAACCACAGGGAUCGGGCAGAAAAUCCUCGGGAAAACUGACAUUCACAACCAAAACCUGUAGUUUUCUUUUUUUUUUCUUUUUUUUUUUUUUUUUCUUCUUUCAUACUAAGGGAGAAAAGAGCUGCAAAGGAGCAGCAGGGGAAUUAGAAACAUAAUCUAUUGAAAACGCUGGUGUGGUGGGAACAAUUUCUGGCUCCCCUGAGCAUCUGUUUCGCUGGAGAGAAAUGCUCUCCCAAGUAGAUUCAAUCAUAAACUAUCAUCUGAGAAACUGCAAGAUUCUCAUGAGCUGUAACUGGAAAACACCAGCCUCAGAGGCACACAGAGAAUUUCCUUUUUUUCCCAGUGAGACAGGGGAGAGGAGGGAAGCCCCACAUGAGGGUGCAGGAGGCUCUCAUUGUGUGCCCAUGCAGGUGGGAGGGAUGGAAGGGGACCAAUGGUGACCUAUAGAGAAGACCUAAGGAAGGAAUUCUUGGCUGUGAGGGUGGGGAGGUCCAGGCACAGGUUGCCCAGAGAACCCUGGAAGUGUUCAAGGCCAGGCUGGAUGGCGACUGGAGCGACCUGAUCUAGUGGAAGGUGUCCCUGCCCGUGGUAGGGGGUUUGGAGCAAGAUGAGCUUUAAGGUCCCUCCCAAGCCAAACCAUUCCAUGACUUUAUGACACAUUUGCCAUCCAGCACAAGUGAUGGCUUCUUGGGGAAUGUAGUGGUCCCAGCCCUGAUAUCCAUGGUCAAGGAGCGGCCCAUGGGUACCUGUGGGUCUCGCUCCAUCAGCAUUGAAGCAGCAUUACAAAUAAUACUAAUAAUACUAAUACCAUGACAAGCAAAGCAAGGCUUUGGCAAGGUGGUAAAAUACACUCUGAGCAGGUUUGGUCUGCCCAGGUGUGACUUGGAGGGGAGAAGCAGGGAGAGUAUCAGGGGGAUUAGUACCCCCACUGGUUGGGGAGGGAAUGAGGAACUCUUCUGGACCCUGUGUUUUCUUUUAAAGCCUAUGAGAAAGUGUUACUAUUUGCCUAAUAUACAAGCACAGUUUUUAAAAAAAAAAAAAAAAUCGAUCAAACUUUAAAAAAAAAAA